AUGGAGUUGCUGCGGCUGCUUCUGUUCUUGUUUGCUGCUGCAGCAGCAGCAGCAGCAGCAGAGGAAGGGCGGGACUCGUCCGGUUCGCGGCCGGAGCCGUUGGCGUCGGGCGCGUCCGCGCUCAGCGACAGCAGCAGCUGCAGCAGCUGCAGCAGCAGCAGCAGCAGAAGCCGAAUCCCCUGCAAAGCAGCCCCCGAAGACCCCCUCCACGGAGACUUGCCCCGCAGAAGUGUGGGCUAUUACCUCCUCCGCAGAAGAGCCAAACGCAGCGAAAGGGAAAAGGGAAAUAUGCCUUCGUGGAAGCUGGUGGAUCUCGAGCGCCUCGUCGCCCGCCUCAAGGGGGCUGCUGACAGCUCUGGGGCUUCGCCGCAGCCCGCUAGGGGGGACUGA